AUGGCUCCCAAGUCGAAGUCCGCCGCGACCAACGGUGCGUCCAAAAAGCCCUCCUCCGCCGCGCCCUCGGGCACCGCGAGCCCCGUCCCGCCCGCGGUCUCUGCGGAGCCCCAGGAGCUCGCUUCCUACGGCUCCGGCAAGCCGGACAAGGCCGUCUACGACGCGGAGCAGAACAAGAUCAAGACGGAGAUCGACGCCGUGCAGGCCAAGCUGAACGUCGUCAGGGACAAGCUCGGUGGCGGCAAGGGCGGUCCCGCCCAGGAGCGGCGGAACAAGCUCCGCGCGGAGCUGGACGAAAUCCGCGGCCAGCAGUCGACGGGCAAGCUCGCGAGGGGGAAGCUGCACGAGCAGCUGGACGCUAUGCGCGAGGCCACGAGCAAGAGGAUAAAAGAUCUUAACGCUCAGAAGUUGAAGAUCCCGUACAAAACUGUGGUCGAAGUCGAGGACCGCAUCAGGCAGCUGGAGAAGCAAGUUGAGUCUGGUAGCAUGAAGCUGGUGGAAGAGAAGCGUGCCCUACAGGAGAUCAGCCAGUGGAAGCGGAGCCGGCGGAUAGUCGAGGGUUUCCAGGCCGAGCAGGACACCAUCGACGCGGAGCGCGCGGCGGCCGAAGAGCUUCGCAAGCAGCUCGACGACCCUGUGGCCAAGGCCGCGUCGGAGCGCUACGACACGAUCAAGAAGGAGCUCGAUGAGAUCAAGAAGGAGAAUGACGAGGCGUACGCCAGCCGGAGCAAGCUCCUCGACGAGCGGACUGCGUUCCAGACGCAGCUCGACGAGCUCUACGGCCGCAAGCGCGACUCCGCCGCGCGCUUCAAGGACGCGAACGACCGGUUCUACACGAAGCUCACCGAGGACCGCGCCCGCCGCGCAGAGCGCCUCCGCACGCAGCGCGAGGAGCAAGAGGCGGCGAAGAAGAAGGAGAUUGUGGACCGCAUCCGCGACGAGGCCGACACCCCCGCGUUCCAGGCGCAGAUCGAGGACUGCCAAACGCUCGUCGACUACUUCUCUGGCAAGUCCACCGCGAGCACGCUCUCCACCCAGAAGCCGCUCAUCGAGCGCGCGGACGUCGCGGGCGUCGCGAAGCUCGACAUCCGCAAGGUUGAAGCCAAGCCCGACGGUGUCGUCGUCCGCAAGAAGAAGGGCGAGGACGAGGAGUCGUACUUCAUCGGCGCCGGCAAGAAGAAGGGCGGCAAGAAGGGCGGCGCGAAGCCUGCCCCCUCUCCCGCCCCCGCCCCCGCGGCGGACGCGGAGGCAGAGGUUGCCGCUCCCACCGCUGGCGGCCAGCUCAACGUCCCUCUGCCCAUCCUCACCGCGCUCCUCUCGCUCUCAAUACCGCCCCCGACGUCCACCACGGACGUGCCCCGCGUCAUUGAGGACCUGAAGACGAAAAAGGCGUGGUUCGAGGCUAACCAGACCCGCCAGACCGCUGAGAACAAGGCCAAGGCUGAGGCCGAGAUUCGCAAGCUGCUUGGCAGCAAGGCUGUCGACGCGGACGUGCCGCCCAGCGACGGCGCCGAGCACCCCCCAGAGCCGGCGCCUACCCCCGCCGCGGCUGACGCGCCCGCGGUCGCAGUCCCCGCGGAGUCGGUCGCCGAGAACCUGGAGGCAGUCGCGGAGCAGGAGGCCGAAGCAUAG